AAGCGCAAGCGACUCCCCCUCUUCUGAGCCUUCUCUCUCUCUCACACACACGCGCGCGAGCCUCCGCUCGCCUCCGAGCACCAAACCCUAGAUCUCGCGGCGGCGGGAGAUGGCGAAGCCCUGGGGCGGCGUCGGCGCGUGGGCGCUGGACGCGGAGCGGGCCGAGGAGGAGGAGCGGGAGAUGGCGGCGGCGUUCCCCGCGCCGGAGCCGCCCGCGGCGGCCGGGGGCGCCGCCAGCUUCCCGAGCCUCCGCGAGGCCGCCGCGGUGGCCGGCGGGGGCAAGCAGAAGAAGAAGAGCAAGGGCACCACCCUGUCGCUGUCCGAGUUCAGCGGGUACGGCGCGCAGGGGCAGCGCCGGGGCGGCGCCGCGCCGAUGGAGCCGAGGGGGCUCACCCCCGAGGAGAUGAUGAUGCUGCCCACCGGCCCGAGGGAGCGCUCCGCCGAGGAGCUCGACCGCUCCCGGGGCUUCCGCUCCUAUGGCGGAGGGUUUGGCUCCGGGGACGGGGACCGCCGCGGCGGGUUUGACGACGAUGGCCGACGCGGGCCGAGUAGGAGUUCGGAUCUCGACAUGCCCUCCCGCGCCGACGAGGUGGAUAACUGGGGGAUGAAUAAGAGGUUCACGCCGGCUCUCAGCGACUCCGGCCGUCGUGAUAGGUUCGGUGGCCCCUCCCCAGCCGGCCGCUCUGACGACAUCGAUGACUGGUCGCGCGACAAGAAGCCACUGCCAUCGCGCUACCCAAGCCUCGGGUCUGGUGGCGGCUUCCGUGAAUCACCGGGUUUCCGCGAUUCACCAGGCCCCUCCGAUUCUGACCGGUGGGCUCGUGGUGGUAGCUUUGCUCCCACGGCGAACAACGGUGAGCGUGAGAGGCCGCGGCUCAACCUUGAUCCACCUAAGCGGGAUCCCGCCCCUACCGCUACGCCACCUGCUGAGGUGGCUCGCAACCGGCCAAGCCCAUUUGGGGCUGCAAGGCCCCGGGAGGAGGUGCUGGCUGAGAAAGGGUUGGAUUGGAGGAAGAUGGAGAAUGAGAUUGAACAGAAAACUAGCCGCCCUACCAGCUCACAAUCCAGCAGGCCGAAUAGCGCUCAUUCCUCCCGCCCUGGGAGCCCUGGAUCACAGGUCUCAGCAGUUGGGAGUGAAGGGGCACCGAGGCCGCGGCCAAAGGUAAAUCCAUUUGGCAACGCCAAGCCACGGGAAGUGGUGCUGCAAGAGAAAGGGAAAGACUGGAGGAAGAUAGACCUUGAGCUGGAACAUCGUGCUGUUAAUAGGCCAGAGUCAAAUGAAGAAAGGAUUUUGAAAGAAGAAAUCAGUCUUCUCAAGGAGAAAAUGAAAGAGACUGAGGCUAAUAAAACUGAUGAUUCGGACCAAACUGUCCCUGAGGAUGCAAAAGAUUUGUCUGAGAAGAUAGCUCAGAUGGAAAAGCAGCUUGAGUUGCUUACUAUUGAACUGGAUGACAAAGUUAGAUUUGGGCAAAGACCUGGUUCUGGAGCUGGCAGGGUUUCAACAGUUCCACCUGCCAUUGUAGAGGAGCCACAGAUUAUGGCAUCCAUUGUGGAUAGGCCGCGCUCCCGUGGUGGUAUAGAGCCAUUUCCCAAACCAGCUGAGGAAAGAUGGGGUUUUCAAGGUAGCAGAGAGAGGGGCUCAUUUGGUGGAAGCAGAAGUUCAGACAGGCCAAUGACAAGGCAGAGAUGGUGAGGAACAGCUUUUGAACAUUUGUUAAGGAAACUCUGGGUCCUCGUUUUUUGUUUUGAAAGAAUGGGAAGUAAUAAGUCAUUUUCUUCUGUGUUUUGACUCCCAUUUUGUCUAGUCUAGAAGUCGAUUGGAGAGAAGCUUGUCAAUGGAGGAUACUCUGCGUGAAGCUAUUUAUUACCACCUCUUAAGUUGUAGGGUAUUUUGGUUCCCUUUUUGUUAUCUUCCAUGCCAAAAGAAGACCUGGCAAACUUUGAUGCUAACUAUUGUUCCUGAUCUGUUCUUGUCGCAUGUGGUCUCUUAAGCAUUCAGGGACAGAGGCCUUUGUAUGGAUGAUUUGAUAUUUUGUACAGUGGCAUGUGUUAGCAA